GCUGCAACGGUUUGGGUGAAAUGGGAGCCAACGCACUCGUUUAUGGCCAUUUCAAUACGCUCAUGGUUGACACCACCGGCUGGUGAGGGACCACCACGUCCAAGGAAAGACAUAUUAGCAAAGAACGAGAAAGCCGAGUGAAAUUGAAUGCGAGAAGUUUGGAGGACUCAGAAGUUUAAGUAAGUCGCGAAGAUGUAUAAGGAGCAAAAUAUGAGGCCACGUGGUUGAAAGGAUGCAUCCAAGAAAGGCAAUGAAGAAAAAUGUACGAGUCGUAUAUUCGAGAGCCAGACCUUGAAGGAAGACAGAGGCUUGCGCCAUGUCAAGACCUCUCGCUGUCCACCGUUGUAGGUUUGUUGACUAUGCGCCAUCACCGAUCACGGCUCUUGCAUUUCCUCCGCUACCGUUGCCAUCUCUCAAAGGUAAGAAACGGGAAAGGGAUUUAAAAGAUAAGUUCGGCACACUUGGUGUCGGCCAUGCCAAUGGCAACAUCGACCUUCUCGAAUGGACUGCAGAGGAGGGAGAAAUACAGGCACCCCAAGCUUGGCAAGUGCGCAAGACUCUUCCAGGCCCAUGCCCAUCAAAAGUAGAUUCGCUAGCUUUUACUCUACGCUAUCCAGACAUAUUUCCAUCAGAAAACAUACCUUUGUGCUCUGAUCUUCGUCUCUUCAGCUCAGGUGGUGGGUCUGAAUUGCUGGAAUGGAACAUAUCUCACAGCUGUGUUCGCAGAACCAUUAGCUCCCAGGGAGGUGCCAUCUGGAGCAUUGCAGCCAAUCCUGCCUCGACACUACUUGCCCUGGGUUGCGAAGAUGGGUCUGUUCGCCUGCUAUCCUUAGCUGCGGACACUUUGCAGCAUCACAGGCGAUUCGAUCGCAUAAAAAGUCGUAUACUGAGCAUUGCUUGGGGCCCGCCAGCACCUCGACCGCCAAAACAGCGGACGGCGAAGAAGACUGACAGUGGAAUGGAUAGUGAAGAAGACAGCGAUGACGAUGAAGACGAAUGGACAGACACAUGGCUCGUCACGGGUGGCUCAGAUAGCAGCUUGCGGAAGUGGGAUGUCGCUACUGGCAGAUCGACUGACCGUAUGGGGACAGACAAGAUGAAAGGUGAACGGACACUUGUCUGGACAGUUGGUGUGCUUGCCGAUGGGACCAUUGUUUCUGGGGAUUCUCUAGGUACAGUGAAGUUCUGGGACUCCAUGACUUGCACACAAACCUGCAGCUAUCUGGCGCACGGAGCUGACGUGCUUUGUCUUGCAAUUGGUCCCGAAGGCACAUCCGUAUUCAGCUCGGGUGUCGACCAAAAAAUUGUGUUGUUCUCAUAUGUUCCCACUGCUCCAGAAAAUUCUUCUUCUGUGUUGUCCUCCUCCCCAGCGCGAUGGAUUCAGUCUGGCUCACGCCGUGUGCACUCACACGACGUCCGGUGUCUUGCGGUCUGGCCACCUCACUCCCCCAUACCCCCAACUUACAAGCGAAAGCCCUCCGCAAAUGCAACAUACAUCGCACCGGUCCUAGCUUCUGGAGGAUUGGACAUGUCUAUUGCCCUCACUCCUGCGCUGCCUGC